AUGUGCUUAUUGCUCUCACGUGUGUUUUGUGCAUGCACUCAUGCAAUUCAUGCAAGCAUCUGGAUUCUGUAUGACCACCUUGUGCGUUGUGUGGCGAGUGGGAUUGAUUGCAGGGAGAGGGACGCAUUGGGGAUAGAGAGCGAGGAGGAGGAGGAGGAGGAAGAGGAAGAAGAUGAGGAGGAAGGGGAGGAGGCGAGUGAAGAGGAGGAGGAGACUAACGAGGCAGGCGAGUCAGAUCCAGAAGCAGAAGGGGAAAAAGGGGAUGCGGAUGAGGAUGAGGAGGGGGAUGUGGGAGGGUCUGUUGUUGCUGCUAGAGUAAAAGCGGAGGAUAGUAGUGGUGAUGAUGAGGAGGAAGGGGAACAAGAGGAAAGUGAAGAGGAGGAGGGAGUGGAUGAGGAGGAGGAGGAAACUAGAGGUGGGGAUGGUAAUGCUGCUGCUCCAGCCAGACAGGACCCAUUCGCCCAGCGCAUGGAGCACAUGCUCACGCCACAGGAGCUCCUCUCGCUGGGAGGCCCAGUGACUUUUGAGUCGACUCAAAACCCCUUCGCCCAGCGCAUGGAUCACAUGCUCACUCCACAGGAGCUCCUCUCGCUGGGAGGUGUAGUGGCUUGGCGCAUGGAUCACAUGCUCACGCCACAGGAGCUCCUCUCGCUGGGAGGUUCUGCCGACGCCGCUGCUGCAACUGCUGCUGCUGCUGUUGCUGCUACGGCUGCUGCUGCUGUAGGAAGGAAAGGGAAGGGCAGUGGCAGUGGCGCUGGCAGGUCCGGUGGCUUGGGCGGUGCAGGGGGCGGCAAGCCACUCAAGUUUUCGUAUGAAUGGCCGGCAAUGGGUGUCCCGGGCGGCAAGUGGGUGGCUGACCAUGCACUGCCUUGGACGGCUGCUGCUGCAGAUAAGGACAAAGAAAAGGAUAAGGAUAAGGAUGAAGAAAAAGGCACGGCCAAGGGUAAGGAUAAGGCGAAGAGUAAAGCAAAGGACAAGGAGCAGGAGGAGGAGGAGAAGGAGGAGGAGGUGGAUGCGUGGGAGGGGUACAAGGGGCGGUUGAAGGAGCAUUGGGGGAGAGUGGUGGAGGAGGAUUAUGAACCGCUGCUGGGAGUGAAGCAGGGGGGCGGAGACAGCAGCAGCAGCGGUAGUCAGACUGCGAAAGGCAGCAAGAGCAGCGUGAAUGGUGGUGAUGAGGGGGGUGGGAAGCGGAAGAGGGGGAAGACGGCUCUUGCAGCAGCAGCUGUGUCAUCGCCAGAGGAAACAGCCUUGGGAGCGAGCAGUGAUGGGUUUGCGAGCGACCAUCAGCGCCAGUUCUUCUCCCUCUGUGAGUCUCUCUCGCUGCGCCAUGUUCUGCUUACCCAUCCCCACCUCCCAUCUCAUCCCAUAUCCUCUCUGCCCAUAUCCUCUCUGCCCUUAUCCUCUCUGCCCAUAUCCUCUCUGCCCGUAUCCUCUCUGCCCAUAUCCUCUCUGCCCAUAUCCUCUCUGCCCAUAUCCUCUCUGCCCAUAUCCUCUCUGCCCAUAUCCUCUCUGCCCAUAUCCUCUCUGCCCAUAUCCUCUCUGCCCAUAUCCUCUCUGCCCAUAUCCUCUCUACCCAUAUCCUCUCUGCCCAUAUCCUCUCUGCCCAUAUCCUUUCUGCCCAUAUCCUCUCUGCCCAUAUCCUCUCUGCCCAUAUCCUCUCUGCCCAUAUCCUUUCUGCCCAUAUCCUUUCUGCCAAGAAUUCCCUCCCUCCCCCCUCCCCGAAUUUUCUUUCCCCAACCCCCCCCUCCCGCCACCCUCCACUUCCCAUCUUUCCCCUCCCUCCCCCUCCUUCACCCCCCUUCCCCCUCUCCCCCAGGCACGUCAUACACGGAUGUGCUGCAUUCGCGCCGUCCAUGCGCCCAGUCCAAGUUCGGCUCGCCUCUGGACGCUCAGGCCCUCACUGACGCCUACCUGCUGCAUGCGGUACGCGCCCUUGCCUGCUUGCCUGUGCUCACCUGCUCUUAA